AUGUCUUACUAUCCGCAACCUAGUACAUCUUACUCCCCACCUCCUCUCCAGCACCCGAUUCCUACUCACCCGCCUACCGCACCGCCAGAGCCUCCUGCCACGCCUGGAUCUCCCAGUGGUUAUAUGCGAUUUACCUCUAACCCUACAUCUCCAGGACAACAAUACGAGCAAACCGGUGGUUACAAUAAUCCACAGUUCGCCCAAUCGCAAUGGCAGAGCUUUGGUGCUGUCCCGGCCGGUGUGGGGGCUGUGCCAGUUCCAGGGACCCAGCCGAUGCACCCAGGCCAACCGAAUACGGCCCCAGGUUUCUCAUUCCCGUCUCCAUGGGGUGUAAACGACGCAACAGCACAGAUGGGAGUUCAGCUUGGACGAAGUGCCGUUGCUGCUGGACAGGACUAUAUGGAGAAAAACUUCGGACAGCAUUAUUUGCCUCUAUCGGCGCUCAAGCAUCAGUUCAACGUAUCAAACCAAUAUGUGCUCAAAAAACUGCAACUCGUUCUCUUCCCAUGGAGGCAUAAGCCAUGGACAAGACGAGUACAGCGCUCAGAUGCACAAGACGUUGUGGGGCCACCAAGAUACGCCCCUCCACGCGAGGAUCUAAAUAGUCCCGAUCUAUAUAUCCCAGCCAUGGCCUUGGUCACGUACGUCUUAGUCGUGGCCGUCCAAACGGGAUUGAAGAAACGAUUUAAUCCCGAGGUCUUGGGCCUAACCGCCAGCAAGGCUCUCGCAAUUGUGAUUGUCGAGUGUGCAGUUGUGCGCCUCGGCUGUUAUUUCUUGAAUAUUCAGAGCACAGGGCAAUUUAUCGAGUUGAUGGCGUUCGGAGGGUACAAAUUUGUGGGGUAA